UUAAAGGGCCUUGGCCGGCUGCAGAGAUGGCUGGCGACCUCUCCCACGACGCCAGCAAGUGGGAGGCCUUCCGGCUGGUAAAGGAGGACGACGUGGAGGGCCUCAGGCGGGCGCUGAGCCACCACCCACAGGGGUCGUGGAGCGCGUGGCGCAACUUCGCAGGCAAGACCCUGUACCAGGUCCCGACCCUCGCAGGAGAGUCGUGGCUCCGGCUCCGGCCGCUGCUUGGAGUGGCUGCGCGGGGAGCUACAGCAGAUGGACCUCGAGCCCCAGCAGGUCCCGAGGGUGGACUACGUCGACAGGGUGGUAGAGCAGAGGGAGUACGUGGACAAGGUGCUCCAGGUGCCGGUGCAGGAGGUCCACUAUCACAAGAAGCUGAAGCACGUCCCGCAGUUCCGCGAGGUGCCCGUGCCAGAGGUCCGCGAGGUGGAGCGGAUGACAGUGAAGGAGGAGCUUCACGUCGUGAACGAGUUGGUGGAGGUGCCGAAGGAUCGGAGGACGUCAUUCACACCACGAUCAGGGAGAUUCCGGAUAUCAAGCACAUUACGGAGAGGAGGGAGGAGACGACAGAGGAGCUCUUGCCCUUCAGUCUCACGCCUGUGGAUCGGGUGACAGAGGUGCACACGGUCGACGUCCACCCGAAGGUACAGUUUGUGCCGGGUGAAAAGAAAAUUGAGCCGUCCGAGUACGAGGAAAUUUCUGUGCCGUACGAGCUUUACGUGCCAACCACCGAGGUGAAUUACAUCGACAAGGUGGUCGUCAGGCCGAAAGAGGUACCAGUGUCCAACGUAAAAGAGUACGCUGUCAAAGUUCCAGUGUACGAGCAGAGGGAGGUUUCCGUCGUCCAGAAGGACAUCGAGGUCACCCAGCACAUCAAGCACGUGCCAGAGUUCCCUAUGCGCACCGAGUGGGUGCCAAAGCGCCACGGUGACCUCUUCGACAGCAUGGAUGCCAACCACGACGGCGUCAUCGACCGCGCCGAGUGGGACGCAGCGCAGCGCCGUGAGCGCAGCGCUGCGGUGGAGCGCAGCGCUUCGGACCUGAAGCACGAGAUGUGGUACGAGCUGUCCACGCUGCGGUUCAGGAGCACGCACCUGGGCAAGAGCAACGCUUACCUCAGGAAGAGCUCGAGUUAUGCCGGGCGCGGGCGCGGCAGCUCGAGGACAGCCUGGCGUCCGAGAGGCAGCUCCGGGAGGAGGAGGAGCGGCGGCUGGAGGAGCGGCGGCGCAGCAGCGCCGGCAGGGUCGUCAUGCACCUGA